CAUGGGUGGUGGACGUCACAGUCGGAAAAAUGGCGGCGUGGAGUGGUCUCCUGCGUUCAACUGCGUCAAUUUUUAAUAGAAAUAAAAAUCUAGUGGUGAACAACUUGGUGAAAAAUGGGACAAUCACGAGAUACAUGUCUGGACACGACCGAACGAUGCAAAUUGUCCCAUCUCGUUGGAUGUGGGACAAAACAAAGGAUUCGUUCCACCUGUAUUUCAUGGUAGCUGCUAUUCCAAUUACUGUGGUAAUUUUUUGUGUCAACAUUUUCAUUGGACCUGCGACCCUCUCUGCAAUCCCUGAGGGAUACGUUCCCAAGGAAUGGGAAUAUUACAGGAGUCCAAUCACCAGAUUUCUCCAACGCUAUGUCUUCACGACAGAUCAAAAGGAGUACGAGAAGUACUGUCACUUUAUCUGGACUGAACAAGAAGUCAUGAAAUGUCGUGAGCUUGAGAAUAAAGUCAUGAAUUUGGUUAAAGACCGCAAGGACUACCAGGUUUACUACUAUAUUCCUUACACGAGUGCUGACUACAUGCGUAGAAUGGCUCAAAAGGAGAAAGACCAGGUAGAACUCUACAGUGGUAACUAAACGGGUUCAACAAAUACCAUAAUUAAUCAACAAAAUUAAGUGGAGAUGAACCGAAACUGGAAAAACAUCGUCAUUGGGCUGUUAUAAUCCAGUUAAUGAUAGCUUCAUUUAUAGUGGUGAAUAUUCAUUGUACAGUUAUUAAAAUAAAUGAUUAAUCGUAAACAAAAA